UUCAGAGUAAGUAGACAUGUGGACAGAAGACAGAUCAUUCUGGGGAAAAGAAUGGUGACCUGGACGAAGGAGAAAAGUCUAUGAAAUUGAAUUCUGACCAUUCAUUUUAUUACAGAUGAUUAUUGUAAAUAUCAACAAAGAUGUCCAGGCAAUGGUUGCACUGCAGGAGUAGUCGAUACCUGAAGUUACUGUUUACUAUUUUUAUAUUUACUGGAAUUAUUUGUAUGCUGGCCAUACUGCGGAAUCAGAACACAUCAGAAUGUGAUAUAGCACAGAAGCCAACUAAGAGCUCUUCUAAAGUUGAAGCUAUAAAGAAGAAUUCAUGUAAGCCUCAGAAACAUAUUUUCUUCAUGAAAACUCACAAGACGGCCAGCAGCACCAUCAUGAACAUGCUUUUCCGCUUUGGAGAAUCAAACAAUCUGCUCUUCGCCUUACCAGCUUAUAAUGCAUCACAGUUCUUUUAUCCCUAUUACUUCAACGCGGCUUAUGUGGAAGGCUAUUUUAGGAGGACCAUUCUUAAGUUUGAUAUCAUGUGUCACCACAUGCGAUUUCAAUUGGGAGAGGUGGAGAAAGUGAUGCCAAAGAACACUUUUUAUUUCACUAUAUUACGGAAUCCUGUGUCAGUCAUGGAAUCAUCUUACGCAUAUUACAUUUCUAUAGACAGCUUUAUCCAUACUAAAAGUCUGGAACAAUUUAUUAUGAAUCCCUACAAAUUCUAUAACAAAACAAGUAUAAACAACAGUUAUGCAAAAAAUGUAAUGACAUUUGACCUUGGUUUUGACAACAAUGGACCAGAGUCAUCAAAGUACUUCCAACUAGUCCAGAAAUCCGUAGAGAUAAUGUUUAACUUGGUGCUUAUAACUGAGUACUUUGACGAGUCACUAGUGCUUCUGAAAGAUGCCCUUUGCUGGACCUAUGAUGAUGUCCUAUCAUUUCCAUUAAACAGCAGAAGUAACGCCACCCGAAAAGUCCCACCGGUAAAAAUUCAGGAGAGGAUCAAGAUCUGGAACCAGCUGGACUGGCAGCUGUAUGUUUAUUUCAAUAACACUUUCUGGAAAAAGGUAGAUGAGUUUGGCCGAGAGCGUAUGCAACAGGAGGUAAAGGAACUGCGGAGGAGAAGGGCUUUGCAUAUGGAAAUCUGUUUACAAGGUCAAGUGGAUCCAAAACACAUAAAAGAUGAGUCUCUGAAACCAUUUCAGGCUGGGAUAGCUAGAAUCCUUGGUUACAGCCUAAAACAAGGGCUGGCAGAGCCUGAGAGGACACUGUGUAAAAGACUUAUCACCCCAGAACUUCAAUACAGCAAUUUGUUGAUGAACAAAACAAAACAGAAAGUUAGUAAAGCUAAAAUGGUGAGAAAGAACCUCGAAAGCAAAGUCAGCAGGUUUAGACAAAAAACCCCCCCACCGUAAUAACAUUUAUAAAUUGUGCUCAUGUA